AUCCUGUGCUGAACUGGCUGCGAUUUUCACAAAAGCUUGGAGAAAAGGAGCCGAGGAAAUUAUUAAACAAAGAAAUAAGCUUCUAAAGCGACCAGUCUUGGAUUGCCAGACUGUACUCUCGUGCACACUGCAAAGACAAAAAAGUCUGUCCUGUGAGGCCAUACUGUGCUACUAGAAGAUGGGUGGAGCAGUAAGCGCUGGAGAAGACAACGAUGAGCUAAUUGACAAUCUGAAAGAGGCCCACUAUAUCCGGUCUGACCUGGUGGAGCAGGCAUUUCGGGCCAUCGACCGAGCAGACUACUACCUGGAGGAGUUCAGAGACAAUGCCUACAAGGACUUGGCUUGGAGACACGGGAAUAUUCACCUCUCCGCUCCCUGCAUCUAUUCUGAGGUGAUGGAAGCCCUGGACCUGCAGCCAGGACUCUCCUUUCUGAAUCUGGGCAGUGGGACUGGAUAUCUCAGCACUAUGGUGGGGCUAAUUAUAGGUCCAUUUGGUGUAAACCAUGGCGUGGAGCUGCAUGCUGAUGUGAUCGAGUAUGCCUACCAGAAGCUGGACAGCUUCAUUAAGACUUGUGACAGCUUUGACAAGUUUGAGUUCUGUGAACCCUCGUUUGUGCUUGGGAAUUGUCUUGAGAUCACACCGGAAAGCCGCCAGUACGAUCGAGUUUACUGUGGUGCUGGGGUGCAGAAGGAGCACGAGAGCUACAUGAAAAACAUGCUCAAAGUUGGAGGAAUUCUAGUCCUACCGCUGGAAGAGAAGUUAACCAAGAUAACCCGCACAGCGUAUAAUAUCUGGGAAACCAAAAAGAUCAUUGCUGUCUCCUUUGCUCCACUGGCACAGCCAAAGAACAGGGACACUGGGAAAUCCAAAGCCAUCUCUCUUCCUAUGUUGGAAGUCCGUACCCUGCAGGACCUGUCGCGAAUUACCAUCCGGCAUACCCUAAAACAGAUAGAAAACUUUGACAAAGUGAAAAAUUUCAACCUCGUCAAGAAUGCUCGGAAGUUUAAGCGCAGGAGGGUGCACAGGCGGUGCCUGGAUUCCGUCAUGCUAACGAACAAGCACCUGUUUGUGAACCGCAUGAACCCGCACCUUAUGGACGACAACAACAACUGCAAUGAGAUGGCUGAAUACAGGCAGUAUGAGACUGAGAAUGAAGAGGAAGAGGAGGAGGAGGAGGAGAGAGAGCACUGCGAUCUGAAACCUGAGCCUCUCGUCAACUUACUGAGGGAAAAGAUCUUCAGCCUGCCACUGCCAGAGCCCCUCAAAAUGUAUCUGCUCUAUUACAGGGAAAAAUAAGCACAGCAAUCUGAUGGGAACGAGUCGGCGUACAUUGUUGUAAAGAAUAUACCCCUACAUACCUACUGUUUUAAGAGUGCCCUCAAUUGCACUUGUCCUGCAAUAGCAGCGCAAGAACUGGCCUUUCUUAUACACUGUAGGGAUCCAUGCAUCAGGUAGACCAACCUAAGCAUCUCCCAUCUAAAUGAUCCUUGGCUAGGAUCAGUACUUAAGAAAGCACUUAAUUCUGUUAUCCCCUCAUCCUUUUUUAAUAUAAGCAUAAUAUGUGGUUUACCAAGCAAUGCCUGUCUGAGUGCCCUCAGUCCUUAUUGUAUGCUGCAGGCAUUCAAGGAGAAUGUCUUUUAGCACUAGAAAGUCCAAGGCAGACCUCAUCUGUUAUAUUAGAGUUUAAGACUCUGCUUCUGAAUUGAAACAGAAUAAUAGCACAGCAUUCCUGUGUGUCGUCUGAGUUCCUCGCUGUGCUGUAAUGGCAAAUGCAAACUGAGUGGCAUGGGAUGUUUCUAGCAUUAUAAUUUAAGAAAUAAAGAUAUAAAAACAUAAUAAAUAAAAAAUUAUUCUAAGGUUGCAUUAUAGACGGUAAACAGUUUUGAAGAUAUUCUUACAAAAAAGAAGUUGCAACAGACAACCGGCGGAGAACAGCGUCCUGAAAUAGCCCCCCUGCUGAAACCAUGCAUUCUCUCGAAGCGUAAACUCACUGUCUCACAUUGACCAUGCUUUUUGUGAGGGAACCAAAAAGAAAAGCCAGUUGGAGACAUAAAAGGCAUAAGUAGCAAGUCUUAUUUAAAAAAGAAAAGUUUGACCUGGAUCCUUUUGAAAUAUUUAUACCACAAGUUACCUACAAUGAGCCCAAUCUCUCAUCUGCCCACACAGUAAUAUAUUUAUUUU